GAACUGUAUGUCCACAACUACUAAGCUGCAAUUUCUUUCUUCUUCUUGCAAGUCUUGCUUUGCCAUAAUUUCCCCAAUAACUGUAAAAGGAAUGACUUUAAAGUACACCAGAUAAAGUAGGGAGCAAAAAUGUCUCAAUCACAGCCUUGAAGAGGCGACUUCCUGUUGAAAGUGUACAAAAACAGAAUUUGAACCUCUCUGCAUCCAUCCAGCGACUGAGAGAUUCUCCUGUUUCUAAUUCUAAGGAUUUCAAGAGGCCUAGCUCCGUAUUGUCCUGGAAAGGGAAGAAAUGGCAAUCAAAGUGGCACUCCUGGCCGUCUCAGCUCUAAUUGCUGUGGCUGCAGCCAAUCCCUACGACCCUAUAGCGGUCACCACCGAGGAUGAUCUGUAUUGCAAUCCAGCGGCAAAAUACACCAUAACAAUUGGAAUUGACAUUAUAGAACUGAGCGGCUGUUCUAAAGGUACAGGUGCAGAUUUAGUAAUUUGCAUCAAGGGGCUACCACCGCAAUGCACUUCGACUCCAGGCCAGUGCUACGUGUAUACUUGGUCCCUUGGAGCAUCUGAAGUGUGGGUAGCUAAGAUAUGCAAGAACACUUGGACUCCUGGUUACUGCCAUAUUGUGACUACUACAAAGAGCUGUGCUGAUGUAGUAACUACUGCUGAUGUCAGUCCCUGCUUCUGCGUGGAGGAUGAGACGUCGGGAGCUAAGACGUGUGUACCAGACAAUUGUGAUGCUUCCCGCGGAACUAACCCGUGACCGCUCAGCACCAAAGGCUAAAGAAACUUUCAGACUCAAAUGUAGCUAGUUUAGAUUGAACUGCAGUAGUUGUAAUGUCAGUUGUCCUUUAGUUAGUUGAUCAUUAACUCAUAAAAUAAUCAUGCGCACAUGCGCGAGGCAAAAAUGACAGCGACAAGUCAUGAUUCAUGAUCUAGGCGUGUAGAGCAAAUCCCUUUUUUCGAACGCGUUUGUCGGUGAGACUGACACACAAUAAUUAUCUCUUAUUGUGAGCGGACCAUGCUCAUCAUUCUAGCGAAAAUCGACACAGUGCCCAUGAGGCUAGCACCGCCUGACUCUAAAUGGAACCUUUUCUGCACGAGAUGUGUGUUUUUAUAGCUAUACCAGCCAAAUUCUUCGAAUGACCCAUUUCUAUAGUAUGGCAAAUACGUUAUACUUCCGCGCUUCGGGCUAUAGAAGAUGGCGGACACUCCCCAAUUGUGGGCACGCGAAAGCUCGUCAUGCUGGCUGCUGGUUAUCUUACGUAAUAGCUGGCAAUGGCCCUAAAAGGAAUGCUUGUAGCGUGUGUAGCUAAAUAGAACUUGGCAACCCUCAAAAAGAGAACGCUACGUAUAUAUACCUUCGUCAGAGUUUGUAGUGCGAAAAAACGUGGCCUUUUUUAUUCCAGCUGAAUUGGAGUCAUAGUUACGUCUGCCUUUUCAGUGUUUGGUGCCUGUAACACGGCCAUGAUGUUGUUGUGGGCUCUCAUCUCAAUUGCUGUGGUAGCUAAGUCGGCUCUAAUAGAGGAAUCAGAGACUGAUUCUUGCUACCUAAAAAAUGCUCAUUACUUGACCAUUGGAUCGUUUGUCUACACUUUCACCACAUGUUUUGAUGAAAACGAAGAGUCUUUGUGCUUGACUAAUAUCCAAUUGAUAUGGAGAAAUGCACGGCCCGUUGGGCCCAGUGCUUCACCAAUUACUGGACAUCAAACUCAAUCCGUUGGAGAACCGUUGUUUGCCAAAGUAUUCUGAGAGAUAAGUAGCUAUUGGCCACGCGCAGAGUCGCAAUAACUAUAUAGCAGCUUCGAAAAAUGCAGCUUGCGAUCUAGCAAGCGACGAUUAAAGUUUUCUUCCGCGGAAAAUAAUAUGAUUGCGCGCUUUUUGGGCCCGCUACCGACGAUUGUCGUCGGCCAGUUGUCUUGAUCCGUCUCACGCGUUCUUUAGUUUUUCCUGGCUUUCGCAAUUGCGUGGUUCCUCUGCCCCUGUUUAUGAAGCCUGCUAACCGCUCAGCCACCGAUCGCCGGACGCGGCAGCUAGACUUUUAAUUGCAUCCCUAACCAUUACUAAUUGCAUUCCAAAGCGUGCGAUACGACCCGCGCUAAGGCUUUCGGAAAAUACUAACAGCACAUUCAUUUUUUAGAUCCAUUCAGCCCUGGACACUGUUUACUGGACAGCUCUAUCGACAUCUGCUCCGAGGACCAAUUGGAUGCGUGUACUUGCGAGCCGACACAACCACCCACAACCACCGAGCCUGUUCCAACCAUGCCGCCUGUUGGUGAGAGAUGCAUCUAUACCGAUGCCGAUCUCGAAAUUGAUGAAGAGAAUAGGUACACCAUCACAACAUGUUUUGAUGAAUCAGAAGGCACUCUGUGUCUGGCCGAAGUUCCACUGCCCGAGUGUUCCUCAUCUGACUUUUGCCGUAGUUAUUGGUGGGAGACGUUCUUCAUCGAAUGGAACAUUGUCGUUUGUCGUCGUCCAUCUGGCUACUGCUUUUUGAAGAGCACCAUACCCAACUGUCUGGAAGCCCAAGAGACUGAGUGUGUCUGUAUUGAAGAUACCUCAGGAGAAAGAGUCUGCAUCCCUGAGAACUGUGAUGCUUGAUGAUGAUGCCCCCCUUAUAAUGUAACAAGGCAGCAACUAUAAUAGAACAAACGACUGUAUUAUAGCUGUAUAUAGCUACUGCGUAUUUUCUGCUGCUUAAUGUAUUGUACUUAGUCUGUCUUAGUCUGGUGAGCAUUAUGUUGUGUUUGCACAUGGCGCGCGAAUAUAUAAUAGCAGGCGCGUAGUCUAUGUGCGUCUUUUGUCCUUCGGCCACCGGAAAAUAUGGAUCUAUAGAAGAU